CACCCCCGGGCACCACCGCACUGCCCUGGCACGUCCCGCCGGGUCGGUCCUUCGUCCCUCCCCGUCCCUCCUCCCCAUGGCGGCCAGCCCCUCGCAGCUCUGCCCUCCCCUGCAGCCCGGCCGCCUCUUUAAGCCGGAGCUGCCCGAGAGCAGCUCCGUUUUCGGGGCGGGGGUUGGUGCGGGAGCGGUGCGGAGGAUCCCGGCCGAGGCUGCCAUGGGGAGCAGCGGGGCCGGGCUGCUGCUGCUGCUGCUGCUGCUGGCGCUGCUCCUGCAGCCCAGCGCCCAGUUCUGGCUCUUCAACGUCCUCUUUCCACCCACCACCACUCCAGAAGCUCCCCCGACCAACAGCACGCCGCCCGUAGUGCUCGUGCCUGGGUGUCUUGGGAACCAGCUGGAAGCGAAGCUGGACAAGCCAGACGUGGUGAACUGGAUGUGCUACCGCAAAACUGAGGACUAUUUCACCAUCUGGCUCAACCUCAACACCUUCCUGCCAGUGGGAGUUGACUGCUGGAUCGAUAACACCAGGGUGGUCUACAACAGAACCUCCCGCAAAAUGUCCAACGCGCCGGGGGUGCACAUCCGUGUGCCCGGCUUUGGCAAGACCUACUCUGUGGAAUACCUGGAUCAGAGCAAGCUGGCAGGUUACCUGCACACCCUGGUGCAGAACCUGGUGAACAACGGCUACGUGAGGGACCAGACAGUUCGAGCAGCCCCCUACGACUGGAGGGUCGGGCCCCAGGAGCAACCUGAAUACUUCCAGAAGCUGAAGGCACUGAUCGAGGAGAUGCAGGACAAGUACCAGCGGCGCGUGUUCCUCAUCGCACACAGCCAGGGCAACCUCAACGUCCUCUACUUUCUGCUGCAGCAGACACAGGCCUGGAAGGAUCAGUACAUUGGGGGCUUCAUCUCCCUGGGUGCCCCCUGGGGAGGGUCUGUGAAGCCCCUGAGGAUCCUGGCCUCUGGUGACAACCACGGCAUCCCGCUCAUGUCCAACAUCAAGCUGCGGGAGGAGCAGCGCAUGACCACCACCAGCCCCUGGAUGUUCCCAACCAGCCUGGCCUGGCCUGAGACCCAUGUUUUCAUCUCCACUCCCUCCUACAAUUACACCUACCGGGACUACCGACGCUUCUUCACCGACGUCAACCUGGAGGACGGCUGGUACAUGUGGGAGGACAUGAAGGACUUGCUGAAGGACUUACCCCCUCCUGGAGUGGACACAUAUUGCCUCUAUGGCACGGGCCACCCUACUGUGGAGACUUACAUAUAUGAUGAGGGUUUCCCAUACGAAGACCCAGUGGAUGUGGUUUAUGGGGAUGGGGAUGACUCGGUCAGCAGGCGCAGCCUGGAGCUGUGCAAGCGCUGGCGCCGCCAGCAGAAGCACAAGGUGCAUGUCCAGGAGCUGCGAGGUGUCGACCACCUUAACAUGGUCUUCAGCAACCUGACCCUCAGUACCAUCAAUGAGAUCCUGCUGGGGAGCCCAGGGGAGGAGCAGGGGCCGCUGAGAUCCAGCUCACAGGCAAAGAAUGAUGGGAAGAUCCCACCUGGAUGGAAGGAGCCCAGAAAGAACUGAUGAAAGGGAUGAGGGCCAGCUUCCCUCCGUGCUGGCAGCCACCAUGAGCUGCCAGGCAGGGGAGCAAAGGACUGCAAGCUGAGCUGGGAAGGAAAAGGAGCGAGACCAACAGCUCUGGUGGAUGGGCUGGCACCCACCUCCACACUGGUUGGUUUUCCUUUUGGGAAGGGCGAUUAAUUAUACUUCAGAGGCUUCAGUCGCUUCCCACUGGCCGGUGGAUAAUUAACCGCGCUGCCAGCUCAUUAACAGCACAUUUACAGCUAUGCACAAGCCCUCCCCGCUAGCCAGCCGUGGUUAGGCACUUUAGAGGCUGUGGAGCUUGCAGUGCUGUAGGCUCUGCUCACUUGGGGCAGAGCAACUCGUGUAAUGAGUGCGGGCUCUGACCUCCCGGGGUGGCAGGAGGGUGGCACGGCGGGUACGGCUCACAGGAGCCCCUCUGGCAGCCGCCGGCGUGCAGGCAGCGAGCUCAGCUCAGCUCCUCGGGCAAGACCAGCUUGAAAUCAGCAGAUGUUCAAAAUAAUAAACCCACUUUGCUUCUGA